AUGCCGGUGGAGGAGAACCGCGAGGACGAGAUGAAGAGGUUCAUGUCGCAGCCAGAGGUGACGCUGCUGGACAUGCUGCCCACGCAGAUGCAGGCCAUCAAGGUCAUGACCACGCUUGACAUUCUCUGCUCCCACUCGCUGGAUGAGGAGUACAUGGGCGAUUAUGACGAGCCAUCGUGGAAGGCAGAUCCCAUGGUGAGGGCGGUGUUUGAGAAGUUCAGCGGCAGUAUGAAGGAGAUCAAGGGCUUCGUCGACGAGUGCAACAACCCGGAGUUGAGGAACCGGUGCGGCGCCGGGAUCAUGCCGUACGAGCUACUCAAGCCCUUCUCCAAACCGGGGGUCACCGGAAGGGGCAUUCCCAACAGCAUCUCCAUCUGA